AUGGCUGAAGAAGUGAAGCUUUUUGGUGCCUGGGGAAGCCCUUUUAGCCUCAGAGUAGAUAUCGCUCUGAAACUGAAAGGCAUUGAUUACGAAUACCAUGAAGAAGACCUGUCCAACAAGAGUUCGUUGCUCAUCAAAUACAACCCAAUUCACAAGAAGGUUCCGGUGCUCGUCCACCACGACAAGCCCUUAGCAGAGUCCCAAGUUAUUCUCGAAUACAUAGACGAGACCUGGGAAAACUAUCCCAUAUUGCCAAAAGGCCCCUAUGAAAGAGCCAAAGCGCGUUUCUGGGCACGCUUCAUUGACGACAAGGGUUUUCCUGAGAUAUGGAAGGCUUACUGGAGCAAAGAUGAGCAAGCGAAGGCCGUGGGAGAAUUGAUUGAGCUUCUCAAGUUUCUGGAGAACGAGCUCGACGACAACUUCUUUGGAGGAGAAACUGUUGGGCUUGUGGACAUUGUGGGCAGUUUAAUAGCACAUUGGCUUCCAGUACUUCAAGAAGUUGUGGGUGUAGAGAUUCUGACAGAAGAGAAAUUUCCUAAGCUUUGUCGAUGGAGCCAUGCGUUUGUGAAUCAGUGUUGUUAA